UCGAAGUGCAUUGAUCUUGAUUUCUUGACAGAUACAUCAUCCAUUUGACAUAGUUGGCUCCCCUCUUCUUUCUACGAUGGCUGAAGGUCUUGCCUCAACUCUCGCCGAGUUGAGUCUGAACACGCAGCAGCUUAGUGGAUCGGCGUUUGAUGCGCGGCUUCUGGAGGAAGAGAACGGCUCAUACCAGAACCCCGGCCCGCGACCAAAGACUCGCCAGAACGCUGCCGACCUCAAGGCUGAAUUGGAGCAUGAGUUUCUAGCCCCAUCGUCGAAAUUUAGUCCGGAAUGGCUGAAUCGUCUGCAAAGGAGAUGGGAUGUGUCGACAGACUACACAGACCUGUUUGAGGUCGCUGGCACCCAAACACGGACUAUUGUCCGUUUCGACCGCGAAGGUUUAGAAGGACGGGUCACAGGCUACCAUGAGGUGACUGUCCCUGCUAGCAGCGCGAAUGCAAAGAACUCAACAUCUCUUCUUCGUCGACCCGCUGGGCGUGCGGAUUUUGUCAGAGGUGCAGCCGGUUUCUUCCCAUUUGCUCCAGGUGGUUUGGAUGGCGUGGAAGCAAUUGCCGAAAUGGAAUCCGAGAACCAAACGACAGGACAGCCCCGAAGUGGUAGCCAAAAGACCGGUCUGGAUAGAAUCAUUAACUUUGGAGGCGAAGACGGCCUACUAGAAAUAGCUCCGGGUUUCACCAGGGGCCUCAAGUUCGACCAGGCCAAGUCCAAAGAGUCCGCAGAGGCUGACCAGGAGGUUGAAGAUACUCUUCAACAAGAGGAGACUGACCUUCAUGUCGAUCAUGAUGAGACGGCCUCGGACGGUGGAGGGGUGAAGGUGGAAGAUGAAGGGGAGCUCAGCGGGGAAGAAGAGGACAUCGAUGCUCUUCUCCCUGUUGAGUUUCCGGCUCUGGAACCCCACGCGCCGCUCUUUGUGGGCGCUCAGAAGAAAGGCGGCAAAGAAUGGGCGCACGUUGUUGACGUCAACAAGGAAAUCCCUAAUUUCAAUGAACUCGUUCCGGAUAUGGCUCGAGAAUGGCCGUUCGAGCUGGAUACUUUCCAGAAAGAAGCUGUUUAUCAUCUUGAAGGAGGCGAUUCAGUGUUCGUCGCAGCACAUACGUCGGCUGGAAAAACCGUGGUCGCUGAGUAUGCGAUCGCGCUGGCUGCCAAGCACAUGACGAAGGCCAUCUACACAUCUCCUAUCAAAGCUCUGAGCAACCAGAAAUUCAGAGAUUUCCGCAACGAGUUCGACGAUGUUGGCAUCUUGACUGGCGAUGUCCAGAUCAACCCCGAAGCAAGCUGCCUCAUCAUGACCACUGAAAUUCUGCGAAGUAUGCUCUACCGCGGCGCGGACCUAAUUAGGGACGUCGAGUUUGUGAUUUUUGAUGAGGUGCAUUAUGUAAACGACCUUGAAAGAGGUGUUGUCUGGGAAGAAGUGAUUAUCAUGCUCCCCGAGCAUGUCACUCUGAUCCUCUUAUCUGCAACCGUUCCUAAUACGCAGGAGUUCGCAUCGUGGGUUGGUCGCACAAAGAAGAAGGACAUCUACGUUAUCUCAACCGCCAAACGACCCGUUCCUCUGGAACACUAUCUCUGGGCCGGGAAAGACAAGUACAAGAUCGUCGACUCCAACAAGCGUUUCCUCGAGAAUGGCUGGAAGGAGGCCGACAAUGUUAUCUCGGGCCGUGAUAAAAUCAAGGCUCAAAAGGCAGCCGAGGCACAGGCCCAAUCCCAGGCACAGAGAGGUGGGCAGCAGGGAAGAGGACGCGGACAAGCCCCUGGCAGAGGUGGCCCCCGAGGCAAUGGCCAACGUGGAGGCGCCGGCCAAAGGGGCAGAGGACAACAGGCAACUAGAGGCUCUGGAAAUAUUGCCCGCACAGGACGGGGUGGAGGACGGACUACAGCCGCGCAGGAUAAGACGAUCUGGGUACAGCUCGUUCAGCAUUUGCGAAAGGAAAACUUGCUUCCAGGGUGCAUCUUCGUCUUUUCCAAGAAACGAUGUGAAGAAAAUGCAAACUCACUUUCGAAUCAGGACUUUUGCACUGCUUCGGAGAAGAGUUUGGUGCACAUGUUUAUCGAGAAAUCACUGACUCGACUAAAGCCCGAGGACAGAGGUCUUCCACAGGUGCUUCGGCUUCGCGACUUGCUGAGCAGGGGAAUUGCGGUUCACCACGGCGGUCUUUUACCGAUCAUGAAGGAAAUUGUCGAAAUUCUUUUUGCUAAAUCAUUGGUCAAGGUUCUGUUCGCCACAGAGACAUUUGCUAUGGGUCUCAACUUGCCUACUCGAACUGUCGUUUUCUCUGGUUUCCGGAAACAUGAUGGCAAGGGCUUCAGAGAUCUGUUGCCUGGCGAAUACACACAAAUGGCUGGACGUGCUGGACGACGAGGUCUUGACAAUGUCGGUUAUGUGAUAAUCGUCAACGGGGGUAGAGAAGAGGCGCCUCCUGCCGGUGCCUUGAGAAAGAUGAUUCUCGGCGAUCCGACCAAGCUUCGAUCUCAGUUCCGACUUACGUACAACAUGAUUUUGAACCUUUUACGCGUGGAAGCUUUAAAGAUCGAAGAAAUGAUCAAGCGAAGUUUCAGUGAGAACGCCACUCAAGCUUUACUACCGGAGCAUGAGAAGCAAGUCCAACUCUCAGAGGCUAGUCUGGCGAAAAUCAAACGCGAGCCUUGUGACAUCUGUGACAUUGACCUUGCUGCCUGUCAUGACGCGGCAAUCGAGUACGAGAAGCUAACCAGAGAGCUUAAUGUCGGGUUGCUCUCGUCGCCGGUGGGUAAACGUCUUCUUGUGCCCAAGAGACUGAUCGUAUACCGAAAGGAAGGAUACCGGACUGCUGGUAUCAUUGUCAAAGAAGGAGUCAGCGGUGGCUCUGCACCCAACAUCCAAGUUCUGGAAAUUGGCAAAUUGGGGAGCAAGCGCCAUCCGAGCGAUAUUCUUCCUUUCUUGCCUAAAUUCCGCGAUUUGCUGCAACAGCUUCCGACUCGCUCGGCGGAUAUGAAUCUCAAAGUGCAAAAGAUCCCGCUUACGGAUCUUGAGUGUGUUACCAACACCCUGGUCAAACUUGGGGGCCCUAUCUGGUACCUCAACAUCAAGAAAGAGGCGGCUAAGUUUGCGGACAAAGAGUUGUCGAAAGUAUGCGCCUCGUGGUCAAGCCCUGUCUGGGACGAGCUGGACUGGGCUCGAAUCAAGGAACUACAAGUGCGGGAUAUUUUGGAGAAACGCCAAGCGCAGGCGAACAUCAUUCAAUCUUGCCGGUGCUUGCAAUGUCCCAGUUUCUUGAAGCACUUUGAAAUGCAACAUGAUGAGUGGCAGGUCAAGGAGAAUAUUUCGCAAUUGAAGCAGCUCAUGUCCGACCAAAACCUGCAGCUUCUCCCCGACUAUGAGCAGCGGAUUCAGGUAUUGAGAGAGUUGGGCUUCAUCGAUGAGCAGUCGCGGGUGCAGCUGAAAGGAAAGGUGGCCUGUGAGAUUCAUUCGGCUGACGAGCUGGUCCUCACGGAACUCAUCCUCGAAAACGUGCUGGCCGAGUACGAACCCGAGGAGAUUGUCGCCCUGCUAUCCGCCUUUGUCUUCCAAGAGAAAACAGAAAAUGUUCCUACGUUGACACCUCGACUGGAGAAGGGCAAGGAAGCCAUUGUUCGGAUUUCCGAGAAGGUGAAUGAUUUCCAGAUCCAAUACCAGGUGAUUCAGUCCAGUGAAGACAGCAAUGACUUCGCCAGUCAGCCCCGGUUUGGUCUGGCCGAGGUGGUCUACGAGUGGGCGCGAGGCAUGUCGUUCAAUCGCAUUACGGAUCUAACCGACGUGAUGGAAGGCACAAUUGUGCGAACCAUCACUCGACUGGAUGAGACGUGUCGGGAGGUGAAGAAUGCGGCGAAAUUGGUUGGAGAUCCUACAUUAUAUACCAAGAUGCAACAGGCGCAGGAGCAGAUCAAGAGGGAUGUGAUUUUUGCGGCAUCUUUGUAUAUGUAG